UUGGCAAUGCAAAAAAUGGUGUCCUUCACAAGACUAUGCCAAUGGUUGUGCUUGAUGUUAAUGCUAUUGAAAAUCGAAUGCUCGGAUGAUGUUGAAAUGACUUUCAUCCAAAGUGCGGUCACUAAAGGAGCUGUUUGUUUAGAUGGAAGCCCACCUGCAUACCAGUUUGAUAAAGGAUUUGGAGAAGGUGUUGAUAAGUGGUUGAUUCACAUACAGGGAGGAGGAUGGUGUGAAUCGACAAAAAGUUGUCUUUUACGUGUGAACAAGACAAAUGGAGUAGGUUCAUCAACACUUAUGCAGAAGUUCAAUUUCACAGGAGUUUUUAGCAGUAAGCAAGAGUUCAAUCCAGGCUUCUACAACUGGAAUAGAGUCAUCAUGAGGUACUGCGAUGGAGCAUCGUUCACCGGAGAUGUUAAAAAAGUUGACCCAGCUACUAAUCUUCAUUAUAGAGGUGCAAGGAUCUUUAAUGUUAUUCUAGAUGAACUGCUAGCAAAAGGACUCAAUAAAGCAUCUAGUGCUCUUCUAACUGGCUGUUCGUCUGGUGGGUUAGCUGCGAUUUUGUACUGUGACAAGUUUCGAGCCAUGCUACCACCAACUAGUCAAGUAAAAUGCGUUCCAGACGCUGGUUAUUUCGUUCAUGUGAAAGACAUUUCCGGAAAGUAUCACUUCGAGAAGUUCUUCACCAAGAUUGUUAAACUACAUAACUCAGAGAUAAAUUUGCCUUCCACGUGUACUUCAAAGAUGAAACCGGGCUUAUGCUUCUACCCACAAUUUAUUUUGCCAAACAUCAAGACACCCGUGUUUGUCAUAAACUCGGCUUACGAUUCAUAUCAGGUACAAAACAUUUUGGCACCGGAAAAGGCUGAUAAGCAUGAUUCAUGGUCAGCAUGCAAGUUGAAUAUAUCAAACUGUUCCCCAACUCAACUCAAAAGAUUACAAGAUUUUAGAUCAGAUUUCAUAAAGACGUUGUGGUCAGGAAUGGGUCGAUCCGUAUCGAACUCCACAUCAAGAGGAAUGUUCAUCAACUCUUGUUAUUCGCAUUGCCAAACGGGGAACCAGAUUAACUGGCUAGGAGAUCCUGCUUCAAAGUUGGAUAACAAGGCUAUUGCAGAGGUAGUGAGUGACUGGUUUUAUGAGAGAAACACGACUCAGUUGAUCGAUCGUCAGCAUACAUUGCCUCAACAGUGUUGAUUUAUUCAUAAGUUUUAAUGGUUCAUGAAAAAUAAUGUUUUUAUGUUACUUAGAACUAUGUAAUUCAUCAAAUAAUAUGCAUGCAGAAACAUGUAGUUGAUUUCAGUAUUAAUUAGUAUUCAAAUGUAAA